AUGCAAAACUACGAAAAUUGUAGCAAAAAAACAAAAAAAAAAAAUGGUUAUCAUAGCUCAAACAAUAUAAGUAAAAAUAAUGUAAACAUAAAGGAUAUAAAAACAUUGUAUAAUAUAUUUUCGUGUAAUAUUCAAACGGAAAGUAAUAUUAUAGAUUGUACAGACAAAAUUAACAAAGAUGGUUCUAUAUUUUUAACGAAAAUGGGAAAAAAUAUUAACGGUAGCGAUAAUAAUAAUAAAGAAUCUCAUGAUAAUUAUAAAAUAACAAAAACAGGGAAUGUAAAAAAAGAAGAUGAUUUAUUUUUAAGACAAACCAAUAAACAAAAACCAAAGGACAACGAUUUUGAUUUUUUUAUGGAAUAUAAUGAAAACAACCAUGUUAACAAAUUAACAAAAAUAAAACAUUUAGACAAAAAUAAAAAAGAAACAAAUAUAAAUAGUACUAUAAAUUCAUAUCAAUCAAAUCAUGAUUCUUUGUUAUAUUUGAAUGAAAUAGAUGAUAUAAAAAAUUUUGAAAAAAAUUAUAAAAAUAGUGAAAAUACAAAAUAUGAAAAUAUAUUAAAAAAUACAAAUACAGAAGUAAACAAUGAUGUAAUGCAUACACAUGAACAAAUAGUGCAUUAUAAUUAUUUUGAUGAAAAUUAUAAUAAAAUUGAAAAAAUUAAAGAACCAAAAGAAAAAGACAUAACAAUAAACAAAAUUAAUGAUGUAUUUAUUGUGGGUAGUGAAAAUCAGAACAUCGAGUGGGAAAAAAGAUACGAACCAUUUGAAAAAGAAUUAGAAAAAAAUAUAAGUUCCGAACAAAACAACCAAGAUAUUUUGAAUACCUCAAUUUUAUUUGAUAAUAUUUUUUAUGAAAAUAAAAAAAAUAAUUGCACUGAUUUUGAUUUUCGUAACAAGUCAUGUACAAAAAAUGAAACAGAUAUAGUCGAUAAAAUUUCUGACCAUAUUGAUUUGGAUACUUACCCAAAUAAGGAGAUAAUAAAUUAUGAUAUAAACUUCAUGGAAAAUGAAAAAAAUACAAAAGACAUAUCUUUUCCUUUUGAUUUUAAUUCAAAUAUAUUUCCAAAAACUAAUUUUAAGGAAUGUAUAUACAAUUCAUUAGUAUUUGAUGAUAAAGAUAGUGAUAUAUUUAAUAUAAAAGAUAAAAACAUUUUAGAUGGAAAUAUUGACAAAAAGAAAGAAGUAAUUCAUAGCAGUGACGAUUUAAUUAAAUCAGAUAUUUUAUUUAAUUUUUAUGAUAAAAUUCAAUUUAAUAAAUAUGAUGAAAUGUUUGAAAAAGAAGAAGAACAAAGAAAUAACGAUAUUCUUUUUAAAGAUGUAAAAAAAAGCGAAAAUAAUUUUUUUUUAUCAGAAUAUUUAAACAAAUCAUCAGGAAGUUAUGAUAAACUAUAUUUAAAUAAAAAUAAUAAAAAUGAAAUAAAUUAUAUGUUUGAAGUACAUAAAACUUGUUAUAAAAUAUUUGAGGAAAAAAUAGAAAGUUAUCCAUCAAAAAUAAUAAACAAAAAAUAUAUAAAUAAUUCUAACGAAAAUAAUAUUUUUUUAGAAAUGAUUGAAGAAAUUGAAAAUGUUAGUAAAGACAUUAUUCUUGAUCAUUUCAAAUUAGAAAUUGAUGAAGAUUUUUUAGAAAAUAAUAAACCAGAUAUACUAAAUUCUAAUAAUAAAAUAGAGAUUAUGCCGAAUAACAAUACAAAAGAAGAUAACAAAAGUGUUUGUGAAGAAAAUGAAAUUAAUGAAAAAGACAUGAACGAGUUAGAGAUUCAUUUUGACAAUUUGAAAAAUGUAGAUAUUCCAGAUUUUCACGAUUUUACAAAAAUUCAAUCCACAUGUUCAGAAAAUAAGACAAAAUGCAAUGAUGGCGAAACUGAAAUGAAGGAAAAUAUAUAUAAUCAGUUUGAAAAAGAAAACAAAGAAAUAUUUAUAAAUAAGAACAAAAGCGAUGAAAUAAAAAACUUUUAUAAUGAUAUUUAUAAUAUAUUAAUAAAUAAAAAUUAUUUAGACAUAUUUUUAAUUCUAAAAAAAAAUAAUAAUAUUAGUAAUGAAAAUAUGAAUAUUCAUAAUUUUCAUAUAUACUUAAAAAAUGUGAAAAACAUAAAAAAAAGAGGAUUUAAUAAUAUGUAUGAUUAUAAUGAUUAUAUCCAUAAAUUUAUUGAAGAUAUAUAUUUAAUGGAUGUUAAAAAAUUUGUUUUUUAUAAUAUUUAUGUGGAUAAUAUAAAUAAAUGUAUAAAAAAAAAAAAUAUUUUAAUAAAUAACAUAAGUAAUAGUUACAAUUUUGUUAAUGAUUUUUACAAAAAACAUGAAAAAAUAUUAACACAUGAUAUGUUUUAUAAAAAUAUUAGUUAUUCUCUUUAUUUUUUGAAUUUUAUUAAUAUAUUAAUUGAGUUAUGGAAAAAAAUUACUAUAAAAAUAAAAAAUAUAAAUACCAUAUUGCUACUCAAAAAAUUUAUAAAUAUUUUUAAAAAAAAUCAAAUAGCAUAUGCUUUAAAACAAAUAUAUAAUUAUUUAUUUUUUGUCUACAAUAUAUUAAAUAAACCUAUACUAGAUCAAGGACAACCCAAAAUUAAAAAAAUAAUUAAGAUAAUAAUAAAAAGUAAAAUUUUUAAAAUGAUAAAAAAAUAUGUAUAUAAAAUUAACAAUUCUUCUUUUCAUUUUAUAAUUUUAUUUUCCCUAAUAUCUAUACCUCCAUAUAAAAAAACGGUCACUAUAUUUGAUCAUUUUAUGGAAUAUUUUUUUAAAAAUAUUAACAAAAUUUUAUUCAAACAAAUUAAGGAUGCAUUUUAUUGUACUCAUGACGGAAAUAAGGAAAAAAUUGAAUCCACAAAUUUGACAAAUUGUAAUGAAAAUACAAACAAUUUAAAAAAUGUUAUUAAUAAUAUUAUAAAUGAAGGAGAGAGUAACAUAUGCCUAGUUAAAAUAAAAAAAUUCGAACAAUUAUUUUUACAAAACUUUGGAAACAACAAUAAAAAUAACGAAAGGGAAAUAAAUAACACAAAUUUGUUAAAUACUUUAACAGAUAUAAAAAUAAAUGAAGAAAUAUGUCUUUUAGAAAAAGAACUAGAAUUAUAUAUUAAAUAUAAUAUAUCUUUUUAUCGUUUAUUUUUUAAAUUUAUAAUACCCCUUGUAAAUAAAAUAACAACUAUUUUUGAGAAUUUAGAAACAUUUUUUACAUUAUAUAUAAAGUAUAAAAUUAAAAAAAAAAAAAAAUUGUUUUUUUUUUAUGAUCCUUGGUUAUAUAGUUACGACACAUUCUUAUCAUUUUGUCAAAUAAAUAUAAUUCCAAAUUCAAAUAAUUUUAAGAAAAAUGAAAAGGAUGUGAUUGAAACAGAUCAAGAAUUAGAGAUUUUUUCAAAUCAAAUAGAAACAAAUAUAUUUUUAGAAAAUUCAAAAAAUAUUUUAAAUUGGGAACAAUUCAUAUUAUAUUAUAAACAAUUAGACAAUAAUAUAAUUUUAUCUAAUAUAUUUAAUACCAUUUAUAAAUUUUAUGAUUUUAAAAAUAUUAAUCAAAUUAUUUCAUAUAAGGAAAAUAUAUCAACAUAUUACAAAAAUAUAAAUAAACAAAAAGGUCUUAAAAAAACAAUUAAUUCUAAUUUAAGUUAUAAAAAAUUAAAAAAUUAUUAUUCGGAUAUCUUAAAUCUUUGCUAUGAUGAAAAAUAUAUAAAAAUAAAUACACGUGCCUUAAAAUACAUAUUCUUUAACCUUCAUUUCAACUAA